AUGCAAAUUCAAAAGACCGAAGAAGAGUUUAUUUCAGAAAAACAACAGGAACAAGAGAAAAUUCAGAAGUUUUCCUCAUCAGAUCAGCAGUCUUGGCUCUAUAAAGGUAAGAAUUGUUAGGUAUAGAUUAAUGAUUGUGUUCCUUUUACACUUUCAAGCGCAUUGUGCCUGUGAAAUUUGUGCACAAGGCAGUCGCUCGCUGAUGGAAUUUGUUCAGGCGGAAGUUUAGCAUAUUUUUAUGACAAAAGUUAGCAAUAUAACACUGCAAAUAUAGAUGUAUCUCAUCAUAAGUUAAUUUAUUUUCGAGAUUUUGGAGCAUAUAACAAUGCUGGCCUGACUAGCACGCUAAUGUACACUACUGACCUCUAGAUCGCGUUUUCAUCGUAUUUUCAUCGUAACUAACUUGUAGAUGAUCGUAUUAAAAUCGUAUUUCGAAGUACGAUCUGAUUACCGUUAAAUAACGACGCACGUCUUUGCGUAAAAGAAACGUAAAGUGCUCUUUUUUUAUUUACGAUUUACAUUCGAGGAUUAAUAGUAUCGUAUUAUUGUCGUAAACAGAAUGCGAUCUAAUUGCCGUCACAUUGCGACCAGCGUCCUUGCCUAAAAGAAUCGUAAUUUUCUCUUGUUUAGUAUACGAUUUAAAUUCGAGAAUGAAUAGUAUCGUAAUAUUGUCGUGAACAGAAUGCGAUUAUAGUGCCGUUGGGUUACGACAAAGGGUUCGUGCGUAAAUAAAUCGCAAUUUUCUUUUGUUCGACAUACGAUUUAAAAAUUCAUGGUUAAAUAUUACCUGGAUAUCGUAAUAUUGUCGCAAACAGAAUGCGAUUAUAACCGAACGGCAAGUGAACUACGAUGAUUCUCCUACCGUCAAAGACAAGCUCAUUUAGAUCGCGCUUUUCUGUUUUCAAAUGAUGAGACAUAAAUUUUGAGUAAAGUUUGCUCUGUUCUAUUUUACAUGAACGAGUUUGCUUGCUGCAUUUUGAGCUGGUUUAGAGUUAAAUUGAUCGCUCACAUAUACAAAUGUUAGCUUAUUUUAAGAUGUGUCUAGUUUGCUUAAGGUUUUCAACACCGGUGAACACGACACAGUUAAUUCAGUAAGCUUUUAAGCUUAUUAAAUGUGAGAAGAAAAUUACAGAAAUGAUAAAUUGACGGACCCAAAAAUUGCCCUUACCCCAACGCAGCUCAAGGAUGCAUAAUGCAGCAUGGAAAUGAAUGUGCACGAGCUUCCAAACAGAACCUCAUCUAAGACGAAUUUUUCAUUUGUAUGUCCUCCAUGGGCUGAUCCAGAGGAGGGAACGGGGGAGACUAAGUUCGAUAGUAUUUGAGAUGCUCUCAUUGGUUGUCGAAGUUUGUUUAUGUUGCUCUUGUGCUGCAUAACAAAACAUAACAACAGAAAAACAACAAUGUCUCUGUCAGUCAACGGCUAAAAAGGAACCAGACUUAACAAAGGUAUUCCAAGGUGUUCUUAUUCCUUUCCUACGCAGUAGUCUGAGUCAGUAUCCGUAAUCCAUAUAAUUCACUGAAUUCACUACAUGCAUAUAAUCAUGAAAUGAAAAAUUUGCCAGUGUGUUCUUCUGUGUGAUCCAGAAUUAUUUACAUACAGUUCACAAAAAAACAAACAAGAGACAGACAAGAUUGAGUACAAGAGUUUAUUGCAAGUGUAAAAUAAACAUGGAGAACUCACACUCACAUGGAACUUCAUGGGGGGCGGGGCGGGGGGUGGCAACCACCAUGUACGCCCGACCCCCCCGUGUUAGUACAAGGGUAAAAUUAUAUCGCGAGUUUAACCUGAUUUCUAAUGCGUGGUUAAAUCCAAGAUGGAGACCAUCGUUUGCGACGUCACAGUCCUCCAGCAGCAACACCACCCAUAAAAUAUACCUCACAACGUCCCUGGCGGCGAGGAGCAAAGAGAAAAGGCUGUACUACUGCCAUGAUUAGCGGGCAAGGAGAUGAACGGGAGCUGGCUAUGUUGAUCCAUCUCAGGUAUUCAGAGAAAGGUUCCAGAUGAUGUUGAGAUAAGGAUUGGACAUUACACUGGCGAGAGAAUCCAUAUGCUGUUCCCAUCCUUGGCUACAAUCACUUGAGACUCAAUGUCUUUGACAAACACGUAUGGCAGCCAGUUGUAAAAGCCUAGAGAGGUGUCAAUUCUCCACAUGUUUACGUCUUCCUCGAAGAAUGGUGGCUUAAACCAAUUCACGUACGCUAGCUCGCGUGUCUCACCAGCGAAUUCUUGGACGAAGAAGUGCUCUAUCCUGCCAAAGUAUAUGAACUUUUCUUCACCAUCAGGAGUCUCACCAAUGUAAUGUCGCUCUGUUGUCGGCUCUGUCUCCACAAACUCCGCCUUGAUGAAGCUUGACCGGGUGCGCCGUCUAAAAUAGAUGUCCUCUUCAUCUGAACAUCUAAGAUGGAUCAACAUUCCUCUUUCUUUGUCCACGAGAGUGGCUUUGGUUCUUUUUUCUCCAAGCGUUGAGGGUCCUGCCAGCAGGUCGGAUAUUACAUCUUCUCCAUACCUGGCCGUUAGGGCUGUAGGUGGUACCCAGUUGGCCAUUGAAGACGGGAUUCUGCCUCGCCGCCUCUCGGAUUCCUGGUAAUUUUUGUACAGCUUCAGCAGCUCAUCGUAUUCCGGAAUGGAUUGCUGGUAAUGUGUGAUGAGCUGCUGAUGGCGUCUUCGAUUAAGAUUCACCUUUGUUUUUCCAGCAAAUGUGCACGCGACGUCACUUCUGGUUGUUACAUAUUUGGCAAAACUUCGCGUGCUCGCGAUAGAAGAAGAAUCCUCCUGAAAAAUCUCGCGGAACUCUUCAUGUACGUUUUCACCAUUCAAGACCGUUUCAGUGGCUUCCAAAACCUGUGUGAACAAAAAGAAGUAUCUCUUGCAUUGUAAUGACGUAGGUCUAAAGCAUCUAAUACACACUAACAGGUUAAUGCCCUCAUUAACACAAUUCAUUCAGAUGUAUAAUUGCCGCAUAACUUUACGCAUUUUUCGAAUAAAACGAUUCUGUUGUUAUCUUUCUCGUUUUGUUCUCAGAAAGUAUGUUGAUACCUGAUUUUUUGUACGAACCUGUUUCGGGGAAUCGGUUGUAUAAGUAGCUGAGCCUGUUUGUUUUGUCUUGUUCUCCUCGCUGAUUCAAGGCAAAAUUAAAUCGUGUGGUUGGGCAAUGAUCCACGGAGAAAAGCGAGGAUCGGGAACAUAUAGCGAGGACAAAGAAACGACGUUGAUAACUAAGAUGCCAUACAUCUUAUAUUUCUGGGCAUUAUGCCCGCACGUGGGAAAGAAAACAACAAAGAAUUUAGUGCGCACCAGUAAAAUACCACCUGCUCGCUUAAACAAUCGAGCGCGUACUAACUCAGUAAAAAUGAGAGGGAAAAAACGCUCUUUUACUAAGACUGACUUGUGUUCGGUUAGCCUAACGAAAUUCACCAUUUUCCACUGCUAAAAACGCACCUUGUAUGUUUCCAUUACACAGGCUUCUGGGUAUCUUUUGUUCUUAACUCUCGACACCAAAAAGUGCUGAUAUCGUUCGCUGGGAAACAUGGAGAUGGAGUGCACGUCUCCAAACCGCUCAAUGAAUGUCGGCAAAUGUUGAAAUAAAUGCAGGAUGAUAACUUGAAUUGAAACUGGGAAUGCCAUUUCCAUCCGGCUCAGUGCCUCUUGCAUAUUUUCAACAUCAUUCUUUCUGCAUGCUGCCGGUGCUGGUCUUUGCAGGCUCGACACAACAUCUAUAAAGGCAAAGAGAGCGUGGCGCUGGACGUCCCCUAACAUCCCUCUCAAACAGUAUUUAAGGAUACCACUGCUGAAGGCCUAAGUUUAGGGGGAAAAUGACAAUAAAGAAAAGAAGGGAAUAAUUAGCAUAAGGGCACAUUGCCGCACUGAUGUGCAGAUUAUUACCCUUAGAGAAUAUUCUUAAUAAAAAAAAAGUUCUUAAUAAAAAAAAGUUUAAAUGUGUUGUGAUCGGAUCAACUAUGAAAUAAAACCUUGUUUUAGCUUCAAUCAUUGCACUAUUCUUUGUAUUAUCUCCUGGAAUUACUAAAAAUACGCGGAAAAAUUUCGUUUUCACAAUUGCAGCUAUAUUGCAAGGAGUUUACCACUGUGGGUGUCAUUUCGAUUAUUAAUUUGGACACUGUUGUCUCAAUUUCCAAUUAGUUUGGAAAUUAGUUUUACUUUCUUCUUAUCGGUUCGAUCGUUCGGUCAUGUUGUUUCUAAAUGAUUCUUGCAUUAUUUACUCUGGCUUGCAAGAAUAGAUUUCCGUUAGUGGCCAGUGUCCUUUGAAAUGUUGUAUAAGUUUUGUAUUUAUCAUUUCAUUUCACAACAUCUUAUGCAUUCAGUUACAUGGCUCCUGCUGUAAAUAAUGAACAAAUUUUCGUUUGGCAAUUAUGACCUCCCACAUGGCUUUUUUAUGGGAGCUUGUCUUUCAUCCCUCCGCACAAACGGCGUUUGUGGGGAAGGGCGAAAUACGAGCUCUUCUAAAAACGUCUGCGUGGGAGGCAUGGCAAGUAUUUACCUGGAACCAAUCAUGGGAGAUCAAGUUGGUCUGUGAAGUGAACAUUUUCACGUUUCGAAACCCGAUACCCACAGGUGCCAGUACUUGACCCCUCCUUUUAUCGGCAGUACAAGCAUCUUCUUUGCUGAGCGACCAAGGCGCUUCAGGUAAACUGUUGUUGUCGUCUUCAGGCAACUGGCACGCCUCUCCGAACCGACCGAACUCCUCUUCUUGAACUCGAACCUUCCAACUAUCCAUGGGGGCGACGCCCAUCAACAGCUUCACUACAAGGAGCCCUAUCCGUGCAAUCAUGUGCAUCGGCUCUGUCACUACAUCGGUGAUUGCGUCGAAGUAUGGUAGCCUGUCAAAGGCCGGCAAACCUUUCACACCAGUCGAUUUCGCCAUGGCUCGUAACGCGGUGUUGCUGGCGCCAUUCUCCUUUGCUCUUUCAUAAGCAACACCAUACUGGUGUUGCUGGCACUGCCGUCUUCCUUCUGGUGGCGGACGGGUUUCCUCCCCUACAUGGGGAAAAAUGGGCCCACUCUCCGAGCGUAGGGGGUGAUUGAUGACUAGAAAUCUCCUCGAAUCUGUGUAGACCAUUUUUUCUAAAAUGGGGAGGUAUGUUCCGGGUUGUCGGCACUUGUUGCACCCUUGGAAUGCAUUUUGACCAAGGGUGUUCAGGAACAUCUGUUGUCCUUCGUAGUCUAGAAUGUCCAACACGCACCUCGCUUUCAGCUUAAAAUGAUCCCUGGUGUCAGAAUCGUAACAUUCCACGCCCUCUUCCAACUGCAGGAGUUCAUCUACCAGUGGACCAAGGUACGUUGAGAGAGAUUUCGGUUUUUUCGGCCCAGGGAGUACGGACCACAACAGCAUUCUGUCAUCGGCACUUCUUAAAGGCUUAGGAAAAUUCAGUAUUUGCAAACUGAUGGGGCACAUACUGUAUUCGGAAUUGGUGGUUUUAAACGGAUGGACCGGAUCUGCGCUGAAAGAGAGAAGAAGAUUGCGCGGGUCCCCGUCGAGCGGUCCAUUCUCAGAAUACAUACGCCUCCAAAAUUGCGUAUCCUGCACGUCGAAUACUAAAUCGUCCUCCUCUCUCUCUUGUUGCCUCACCGCAUGGUACUUUAAAAGCCUUGCUAGAUUUGGUGACUGGAACACUUUUUUCAACCUAGGAGUCAGAAAGAUAACAUUAGUUUACUUGGCCUUUAGAGAUCAAACAUUUUUUCUAACCAGUAAAUAUAACUGAAUCAUCAUCAUCAUUCACUUGGUUGACCAAAGAGCGGCCGACUGAAGACCUGCUGCGGUUAUGAGUGCGACCAGACACGAAAAUAGUCGUCUGCCACCGAAAUAUCAAGAACCGUCGAAAACGAAGCGGACUGCGCUUAACCUGACAUUAACCCCAUCUCCAGAUUUUAGAAAAAGAAAAGAGAACUCUUUCCUGGGUUCCUCCAACCGUAUCUCAGCGUUCGGCUGCAGCACUUGCUCCCCGGUGAGGGGUGGCAAUAUACGUGUUCUUUUAUGUUCCAGUUGGGCUGGAAUAUUUACCCGUUUCCUUUUCCAUACACCGCCCAAGAGAAACCAAAACAACAAAAGAAAGACGUAUCGGGAAAUAUACGGUGCGAAGGGUGUGAAUAAAGUGUUAUUAUUACAGUGCUAUUGCUAACCUGGGUAUUAGAGGAAUAACGGAGAACGUCCGCGCGGGAGAGUCCCCGGCGUAUCUUUCUUCCCCGCAUGUUGGGCAUUCUGUGGCGUAGUUGUUUUCACCCGCAUACAGGAUGCAUUCAUUGCUACAAAUUUGAUACUGUUUAGUUUCGGUAAUGUAAUUAUUCAGCAAGGCACGAGCUUUCUUGAAAGUAUUAGGAAAUUUUAUUCUUUUUCCAACUGCUAAGGACAUCAGGCUUUGUAGCAAAGACAGUAAAUCGCCCACAGCUGCUUUAGAUACUCCAGGAUAUUUGGAGAACCAUCGUAAAAGUGCAACGGCCACAUCCAUUUGGGUGACUGGUGAGUUUUCACAUAUUGGUUCACUUGUUUGAUAAGUUUCAGUGUCACUUUCGCUUUCUUCUUCGUGUUCCGAACUUUCGUCAUUACUUUCCACUUCAUCGCAUGCAAGUGAACCCUCGUUUGCAUUACUUGAAAAAUCCCAAUCCUGAAAGAUAGUAAUCAUUAUGAACCUUCCCUUCAUCACUUCCGUUUUUGGGAUUUUAGAAAAAAGGGGUCAUAUGAUACCUGACUACCCCCGAGGGGGGGGGGAGGGGGGGCACUUGGGUAUUUUUUAGGUGGGUAUGUGCCGCCCGGGACUCCAAAUUGGCAACCGGUUGUAAAAAAAAAUUUCCCUAAAAUUGAUACCCCGUUCUAGAAUUCGCCCUAUAACUGAAACCCCGUUCUAGAAAUGGGCCAAUUUUUUAUACUCCGUUCUAGAAAGUUUGUAAAUUGAAAUAGUCCUGUUUUUUUUUUAAAGAUAUUUCUUUAUUUGUUUGACUUAUACAUCAAAUAAAUGCUUCUUCAUAAUCAGCAGCAAUUUUAAGCAGAAGAUAAAGCCGUGAUCCACAAAUUUUUAUACCCCGUUCUAGAAAACGCCUCUGAAAUGGAUACCUCGUUCUAAAUCAGGAGCGUCAAAAUCACGACCCCGUUGGGCGGCACAUACCCAUAUAGGUAAUGUAUGGGAGUAACCCCCCCCCCCCCCCCCCCACCCGGGUCUGACUACCUAACACCACCUCAAACUCUUGCAAAAUGGGAAAUAAAACUAAUUCUGACCCUAAGCAGAGGCAUAUGCUUCUGCCCUAAGUAACUGUUUUCCUUGUUUUCUUUUCUUAUUAUUAAGAAAUCUGUUAAGGCUUCGUUGUUCACUGAGGUGGCUAGAGCGCAAUCAACUGAAUGCAAUAGUGCGGGUUUAAUGUAUGGUUUUUUUGGUUAUUGCUUGAAAUAAUUAGUGAAAAACUCACAGAGAAGAGAGGUGUAGACAAAAGCAAAUGCACCAUAAAAGGCCAAAAAUUCUAAGGGCGCUCACCAUAGAUUCACUGUCCGACGUGUCGGGUUGUUUUCCAUCAGAAGCCGGACUUCUAGUCUCGUGGUAUUUACCGUGUCGUUGGCGAGUCCUGUGUGAUACGAUCACGUCUCCUUUACAUACCAAGCAAUCGCAGACCUCACCUUCCUCUUGCUACAAGACAGAAAUGUGUUCAUGUUAGUUCAUGAUUUCGACCCGCCAAGAAGAAACGAACAGCUAACCGAGCUUCGUGUCAUGAAAAGCUCUCCGGUAUAUGAACACCUUAUGUAUCCAACGCGGGCCGAAAUCACCGUUCAUGUGUGAGCAGAAGGUUCUCCGGAAUUCAAGUGUCGGGGAUGGUCGAAAGAUUUUGGGGGGUUGAAAAUGUUUGACUCCGGAAUGUUAUGGGGUAAGAAAACUGGACCAAUUUUUUUUCGGCGGCUUGAGUUUGCAAACAAGGCUCGUAAAUUCGGAAUGGGACUUGUGGAGUACCCCCUCCUCGGAACCUUGAAACUUUAUAAAUUUACCUCCGACUCUGAAAAACUGGUCUGGCUAUCCGUGCUUUCCUCCUUUAACAUACCAUAAAGAGUUACAUGGCGUUGACACGUUCGAAUUGUCUGGAAUACCUCCCCUCUGCAGGUACUACAAUGACAGGCUACCACCACCUCUUCCAUCUGUUUAGUCUGUUUACUGAUCAACAGAGCUGUUGUUAGCUUUAAGCAUAACAUUCAUUCAACAUUCACACAGAUUCCCAUUGAUCUAAAAGACUUCUUCAGAGCAAAGGCUUCGGCUUUGAAAUUUGAUCCAAAGCGUAGUUAUGAGCUAUGGAAAGGAACUUGUUUCGACUAUGGGGGAGGGGGGGUAAAAAAAAGAGAGAGAAACUUUGUAAUGUUUGACUGCUAAAAAAGGGAAAACUGGUUUCGUUUCGAGGGUGCGAGAAUCCUAUUUCAUUGCAGUAGACGUCCAAUUGACCUCUAUUAUUCAGGCGAAUCUUGUGAGGCCGCACAGCAAGCAGUUAUGUUUUGUCUUGUUCAUAAGGUUUUAUAUGUAGCGCAGUUGUAAGUUUACAAUCUUGCUUUGAAAUAUGUAGUACUAUGUUUUAUUGAUUUGUGGCAAGUGCCCUCUGCUCAGGAUUUGCAAAAAUAAAAACAAAGAUAAAAUCGCGAAAUUUAGUAGCUUUUUUGGAAAAUUGUUUUGCAAUCUCGAAAAUUAGAUUCUCUGGAAAGAAUAAGGUAUUUAUUUCCCAUAGAAAUCCUUAUAUUUUCGUUGUUCUAAGUUGUCAUCACGAUGCUUAGGGAUUACGCUAUAUACAAAAAAAAAAUAAUAAUCCAACGGCUCUGAUACCUUGGGAGAAAACUUGCCUCUUCACACUUUUCACAAGGGUUGCAGUCGCUAUUACACUUUAAAAAGUCCUCUUUUCCGGGAAAGCGUGCUUCCGAACUCCUUCUAUUGUAUUGCACUCUUUGCUGUUGUCAAUCCUUCGUCACCCAUCUGAUUGUUAUGUAAAUAAAAACCCAAUUUCAAGUGAGGAAAUUGAAGAUUCAGGAUCUCUAACAUUACUCCGAGUGCGCGUGGAAAUUUCCGCUCUCGAGGAAUUUACCGCGCGGGAGGUGGUUUUUGUGUGUGCUUGUCGAUUUAGCUCUGACUCUGCAAAACACAGUUGAAUCUCCAGCAAUUGAAUAUAAAGUAGUAUCAUCCGAAUGGAAUUAAAUAUGUCCAUGACAUUUCUUGAGGGCUCAACAAGCGUGGCUCAGUGUCGAAAAAUGAUAGACGAGAAAGUUGUCUCAAACCCCGUUAAACCCCUUUGAUGAACUAUUAAAAGUUUUUUUUUGGCAAUUUUGAUACUAGUUGAAUAACAUUGGGCCGUUUCUCCCCCUGAGAAAAACAGAAUGGAUAACAUGUACAAAGCUUGUACAAGAAACGUGUUCAAGAAAUGUAUGUAAAACUCUAUAACUAAAGGACAUUUUCUUACAAAUUGCCUCAAUGAAUUCUUUAUAUUUCUUCAAAAACACAAAGAAAAAAAUAGAGUUUGCAAUAUAGAAAUAAGUACAAACGAUCCCUAGAAACAGUUUUUAUGGGCCUUUUAUCUUAAAUGGACUUACCAAAAUUAUUCGUGAUUGAUUUGUCCUACUUUCCGUACAUAUGAAACCGAAGAAACGCUAAAAAAACCCAGCUCGCAUUAUCACGCAAAGAGUUUGUUUUUAAAAAACUUUACAUCUCCGUAAAAGUGUUACAUUUGUGAUGGAUGGACAGCUUGACAGACCAAAAACGAAAAGCCAAUCAUAUGCCUUACGUUUCGUCACGUGAUAGCUCUUGUAGCGCUUACCAUGAGAUUUUCGCGCGCCGGUUUGAAACUUUCCAACGCAGUUUGUCAUGGUGGAGCUAAGGAAGUGUCGAGGAAAAAAGACCAAGGAACGGCUUAUGUUUUUGGUAAGAUAUAUAAUCUCGAUAUUUCUUUUGUAUAGCACAUUAAGUAACUUUACUCGUUUUACUGAAGGAAUUAGGAGAGUCCUCAUAUCAUUGUUUGUGUUGAUGGGCCAUAAUAAGCGGGGAUAUUUAUAAGAACUGAAACUGUCAGCAUUUGCUACAAAAAUAAAUAUUAAAUGAGCUUCCUCAUGCUUUUGAAUUAUGGUGUUUUUGUGACUUUAAUUUGUUUUCUUUUUUUCAGCGAGAAGUGCGCGCCAGCCUGAAAAUAUAUGGCGUAAAGAAUGCUACCGACAACUCCUUUGUGAAGGCAGUGGAUCGAGUAAGUUUUUUUGUUAAUGUUUUUGUAACAACAAAUGUGAUUCAGGACAUACUCGGCACAGCUGUGGUUUUACAGUUUUGUUUUAGCGACCUACUUACCUCAAUGAAAUUGCCUAACUUUUGUUAAAUAUAAGGCGUCGAAGAAGCAGUGAAUAUUGCACUUUUUUGCAACUACAACAACCAUGAUGUAUUCGUUUACAGUGAAUCUCUUUGUUAACAGUUUAUACAGUAAAAAACACGGCAAGCUACCAUUUGCCAGUUAGGCCCGCUCUAUACAAUAAUCUGUUUAGACCAAACUUUAAAAUGAUUCUUAACAUUUUCCAAACUCUUUUAAAAAAAAUUCUGUGAACUUGGGCAGGUAAAGGUACGGUAAAGCGGGCAACAAAAAACGUGCAAGUUUGUUUUGCAACAUUGUUGCAAAACGAGUUGAACAGCAAUGUUGCGCCUUUUACCACCCACGAAAAAAAGCUAAUUUUGUUGCAAGACACGAUAGAACGUGGGCGGUAAAACGUGCAAAAUCGCUAUUCCACUUGUUUUGCAGCAAUGUUGUAAAAAAAAUUGUUCGUUUUUUAUUGCCCGUUUUACUGUCGCUUAAGAUAUUAAAGUCAACAUUCACGAUCCCCUUUUUUGUAACAGGACACAUAGCUGCGUUAGGACUUCAAUUGCGAUUGUAAUGGUAUACAGGUUUAACAUUAGCCGAAUAAGCUGGAAACCGACAACAUACUCCCCUGAAAUGUUUAUUUUCUUCAGGAAACGUGAACCAUGAUUUAAGAACCGGAAUAGCCUUAACUACCAGUUAUGUAAGAACCUCUUUACACCCAAGUUGUUUUUUAGUCGAGGGUUUUUACCAUACGCUUAACCAUGAAUGAUUACCGUAUAAAUAGGCAGCAUUACGGUCAGUAACGCGUAAAAAUAUUAGGACAAUAAUUGUUAUCAACGAAUUGUUUUUUCAAGGUGGACAGGACAUUCAAGGAAAAAAUUCCUUUGGCGGAAAUAAGGAACACGAUGCGUACCACAUUGGCAAACGCCAAAUACAACAAAUUGUAAGUUCAUAUUAUUUUUCUUCGUUACCAAAAACAGAAUGAGAACAGCUUCUUCAUGUCGAUAAGAGAAUAGUCCUAUUUUUUAUUUCUUGUCAUGAACAAGCGAACAAAGUGCUCGUCAACAACCUCCUCACGCACUGGAAAUACCGUGUGGCACAAAAUUUUUGCGGGUUCUAAUUUUCGCAAUUUUUGCGAUUUCUCCAGCGAUCCGCAAAAAUAAGUUCCCGCAAAUAAAAAUUAUCGCAAACAUUUUUCUCACAAAAAUUUACUCCAGAGUAAAUAUUCUCUAAGUUAAAUUCGCUACACAAAUCCUUCAGGUUUUUGCUUUCUUGUGCAAAUUAAAGCCUUUGUUAUUUAGACCUCGCCGGGAUUACCAAAUUUAAAUGUGAAAGGAAAAAGGAAAAGAAUUCUGGUCGUAGUAGUAAAAUCACGCCAUCGUGCAAAUGGCCUAUUAUUUUAUCUCUUUCAUUCAGAAACAAGAUCGUAUACAGCGAAAUACUGGUUGAUUGUUUGAAAAUAUGUAUUUCUCUCGUAUUUACUCAAUAAAAACAAAAACAUUAUCAAUGCUGGGUUCUGGGUGAUUUUUGAAAAUCGCAAAAGUCAAUUACCGGCAAGAAAAACCAAUCUCUCCUAAUUGCAACAAUUAGUUCCCGCAAAACACAAAAAAUGGCCAAUCCGCAAAAAUAAAAUCCCACACAAAUGUUGUGGCACACGGUAUAUGAAAACCAAUGUCUAUGUUUGGUCUUUGCGCCGAUCAGUGAUUACUUAAGUCAGCGAGAUGCGCCGAGAAUCUUCUCUAGGCGCCACUGUUAUAAUAUUUGGAGGGGGAGGAGGCUCUACAAAGAUUGCCCAGAUUAAUUUUCUCUUAACAAUAAUCAAAAGAAUUUAUCCAAAGCAACGAUUUAUGACAAUAAGACAAUGGUGAGGUUGCUAGAGGCCAAAUGCUUUGAUAUUUUAUCAAAUUCUCUCAACUCAUCCUUCAAGAAAAUUAAUGUUGAGAAGUUGUAUGUGGAUUUGGGGGCUUUUAUAAUUGAAACUAAAUCGCAAAGCUAGAAAUUUAGCUUGACUCCUUCGCAGCAGUAGAAUCCAUUAAGCUAUUUUUACAGGCCAAAAUAAACGAUUUACCUAACUUUUUAAUCAUAAAGACCUCAAAUUGACCGAUUAGCACAAAAGUCUCCUGGAAUAUGAAAAGGGCUUAACUUCAAGUCUGUUAUUUUCCUCAGUAAGCGACGAAAGCCAACAGAACGGACAAGGUUAGUUUAAGUUGUUACAGUUAAGGCCCCCUUUUAUGUAGCGUCGUAUACUCCAGUUACCCAACGAUAUUACCCGCUCUAAUACAUGAGAGCUUUACUUUUUUGCAACCGCAUUCAUGAAAAUUGCAGUGAAUUAAUGGGACAAAAUGACUGUCCUCGAUGCUGAUUGGGAAGGUUUUUCUUCCUAGUUCAGGAUACAGUCACUUUUGUCACUGGCAAGCAAGUCGGUCUGGAGUUAAAAAGAAGUGUCUGAAGAGUGAGCAAUCGGUUACUGUGUUUCACUAACAUGUUUAAUAUGGUGACGAAGGCGGGAAACCACACUCUCCCUUGUUGUACGUCCGAUGUUUCAGUAACUUAACGUUCACUAAGGGUAGUCUCUGUUACUUUUAUCUUUUCAGGGGCGGAUCAAUGCAGACAGUCGGUGAAGAAAAAACGAGGUAUCAGUAUCACAAAUAACUUGUUUAUGUUUAUUCCAUAUGAUGGUGUAUUCCGUCUAUUCCUGUAAAAGCUGCGUGUCUUUAACUUGUUGUGUAGUGUGCGAAAACAGGUACAUUUUUCUCGCGGCGAUUGCCAGUGACACGUUCAAGCGGCGAGAAGCGUUCCUGCGUGAAUUCCCGCUCUAACUUUCGCCCAGUAUUUAAACUCCAUUGGAACCGCUUACCGACCCUUUCCGACGCAGGCUACGAGAAGCGGGGAGAAACGGCUGAUUUCUCACGCUAUACGUGUCGUUUUCAAUGAAGUAAAUCAACGAGGAAUCUGAAGGAGGAAAUUAAGAGAUACAGUCCUCUAAUUGAACCUCCGUCCUUUCAAUGGAAAGUAAAACUGCCAUUAACGGUGGCAUCUUCAGUUUCCCCUUUUUAUGGCAGGCCCGCUAUCAAUGCAAAAAUUUCAGAAAGGUCUAUGUUCAACUUCGUCCCCGGUAUUAAUUGCCCUUGAGAGAGGAUGUUAUCUUAUUUAAAAAUAGACAAUAUUUUUGGCGUACACACAAUUUAACUUCAAAUGGUAAACGUAUGUCUCUCUUGAGACAGUAUAAGUUCUGCUAGUGAUGAUUAUUAAGAUGAUUGUUAUUAACCCUUUCUUUGCUACGGCCGGUCCUCUUCCGAUCCUCUGAAUGAAUGAAUGAAUGAAUGAAUGAAUGAAUGAAUGAAUGUAAAUGUGAAUGGUUUCACUUAUAUACCGGACACAACAAUCCCACCCUCUACGCAAUAAAUUGCAGACCCACUUAGUCCUAAUACGAUCAUUUAGAAAUAUUUCCGCAUUGCACUCGUAACGCAGGGUGCAAAGAAAGACAGUUUUAUUUCCGAGUGCAUUGUAUAGCCCAAGCGAGUCAUUUUAACGUAGCAAACGUAACAUCGACAUAAAAUUUAUUGGAUGCCAGAGUCGGUGUAGUAGGGCUCGGAAAUGCCACUCCCCGUCCUGCCCGUCGAGCAAGUGAACGGCAAAAGAAUUCCUAUCCAAUCGCAAUUUCCACUAACCCCUGGCCAUCGGACACUACUUUCUUUUGCAUUGAAUAAGAUUAAAUGGAACAUUAUUUGUUGUAUUUAUUCAUCUACAUCUCAUUCACAGACAAAAAACUCAACCUAGCGGAGUCAAGGAACCAGGGUAAGUUUUGAGUCCGUGAUUUGAUUUAAGACAUCUUAGUGCAAUCGAAGGAAGUCAAUCUGGCUUUCUUGAUCAGUUAAACGCCGCGUCAUUAUCUGGUCCGGGUUGUAGGUUGCCUUAUUUAUUCGGUUGAAAGGUUGUUCGUCAUGUUUAAUUUACCCCAUUCAUGUAGGUUUUUUUAAUUUUAAUUUUUUUGGUUGAGUAGAUUCGGGUAUUUUUUGUCAAUUUCACGAUCAGACUACAGCAUCAUCCCACCGAGAUAAGUAGACGGCGAAUUGUGGUAGCUAUAGGGGCAAACAACGGUGUCAUUUCGUACCAUUAUCUCUUGUUCGUACCACAUUUACCCUUUAACAUUGGAAAGUAUUUGCUACUUGAGGUGCGAUUUCUAAUCUGUAGAUUCCCCAAAACUUUUUUUUGUUUGUUUCUUGAAGAUUGAUUGGAAGAAAACUAAAACUCUUUCGUGAUGAGACAAAGACAGUGCCAGUUGCCAAGGGCAUUCUUCUAGAAGAGCCAGAUGGUUUGUACAUGGAAUAAUUAUCCUUUUCAAAAUAUAACAUACAUAGUACCAUAAUUCUGGAACACUUUUGCGACAAAGCAAAUUUUUUGAGCUUGAGAGUGCAAUAUGUUCGAAACGAGCGAUCAUAUUAUAUAGCUCAAUCCGGCGCGAGGUCGCAAAAUCAGUUUAACCGUUUGUAUGAGGAGAGGUGGAUCACAAUGACGUGUGAUGAAUGAAUAUACAAUAAUGAAAUACCACUAGGAAAUAAACACGCGACUUUAAGGAACAUGUAAAUCUUUGUCGGCGCUCUGAUCAUUAUUACAAGAUGGUAAAGUACAUGAGAACCAGGGAAGAGUAUUGGGCAUUAUUAUUAUCGUUUUUAACUUAUAUUCCUAAAACAAAUACUUAUCUCGGCCCCCGUAAUGACAUACUAGGAAUGAAAUAGUUUUAUGAGUGAAUUUCAAUUUGAAAAUGCUUGUUACAGAAGAAGUUGUGAAUCAAAAAUACUAAAAGGCAAAAAGCGUAGAAAGGUCUAUAUAUAAUUAUCACAAAUAGGCCUUUUUUAUUACGCGCGCGCGAAAUUUUACACUGAUCGUUGACCUAUUCUUUAUUUCGUAUUCGCAGAAGAAAGCAACGAAUUCGUAGUUUCCAUAAUUGGCGUCCUUUGUGAGGAUUCCCGCCUGAAGGUAGGUUCUUCAUUGUGAUAGUUGACAGAUUACCUGAAAAAUGAAAACAGAGAGAAAAUAGAACAAGUUUGAGACAAGAUUAAAAUCAUCAGCUAUCAUUGUCCUUUAAGCAAUAGACAUUGCGAUCACAUCACGAACGUAACGUUGAACUGCAAAAAAGGAUCAAGGAAAAAAAGGUGUCCAAAAGUUAGAAAGAAGAGGACGGGAUAUGAAUAAAAAUUGACAGUCUUCAGUGCCAAUCCCCACCCAACUAAGCCCCACCAGCCCCUCACCUAGCACCAACCUCUCCGCGGCUCCUGGAACUCGCGCCGCUAAUUAAUUUGUAUCUUACUUAUUUAUUUGCUGCUUCUUAGAACUCCACCAUGAAAAUUGUCUUUUUGCCUUUAUUUCCACAGUCUGGAACUGAGGUCUUCUGGCCAAUGAAGGCGACCCGAUUUUACAAACUGUAAAAUGUUACGAGGACAUGCCGUGAUUAAAGUUUAUUUUUGAAACUGUUGUUCCAGAGUUGUUGUACCUUUAACUCAGGGGAAAAGACGGCUGUCAUUGUAGAUAAAUAGUUUGUGGUUUUUACGAUGAACGUAUUUCUAGUGCUAUUUCAUUAAUGUGAACGCAAGAGUGGAUACUAAAAAACAGGACCUCAGUACAGAACUGAGGAUAAAAAGUUCGUUCAUACCUGUCUCCCUCUAUUUUGUCCCUCGCAACCGUUGACGCAACGCUCAGAAGACGGGGCAUUGCAUGACGAGACGAAAGCGGCCGCGAAGGACUGAACCUAUUUGUCGGGGUGGUAUCAUGCACCAUGGAAAAGUAGUCUAAAGAGAUGUGGUGUCCUCUUUUGCUUGGAAUCAGGCCGUGGUUACAUCAGUUUCAUCGUAAGAAGUACUAAAGAAUGUAUUUAAACAACUUUUUGACACAAAAUUACGAUUUCCAUACAAUUGUUUGCAUGCUAAAAAUCUCUGAAUGUGAUCGCAAAAACGACAUUUUAUGACACACAAAUACGAGUUCAAAACUCUUCUUUUGCUCGCACUUCCACCCUGCCUUUAUUGUAAAAGCGACAAAAUACGAUUUUCCUACGAGUUUUGUAUGGUAAAAAUCUCUGAAUGUGAUCGUCAAAAAGACAUUUGACGAUACAAAUACGAGUUCAAAACUCUUCUUCUUCUCGUAGUUGCACCGUGCCUUUGCCGUAAAACGACAAAAUACGAUUUCUUUACGAUUUUUUUAUGGUAAAAAUCUCUGAAUGGGAUCGUAAAAACGACAUUUCACGAUAAAAAUACGAGUUCAAAACUCUUCUUUUGCUCGUAAUUGCACCGUGCCUUAAUCGCAAAAGCGACACAAUACGACUUUUUGAAAACUUACUUUACGACAUGAAUACGAUUUAUUUAAGUUAAUUUACGAUGUUAAUACGAUCACUUUACGACGCAAAUAAGGUCCCAAUACGACUUAAAAUACGAUCCUUUUACUAUCAAAAUACGAUCUAGAGGUCAGUAGUGGUAUCUAUCAACAUACACCCCCGGGUCAGGUAUGUCAAGCAUUUUUGAAAACUUAGUGUUCAGAUUCCCCCAUCUCUGAUCCAGAAAGCUGUUCAAAUGCCCUAUCAUAGGACCAGGUUCUGUGAUCAAGUUCCUUCCCCCUCGGGAUAACUAAAAAGUGAAGCCUUUAGUGUUUUUGUACCCAAACCUUGGAAAUGUAAAAUCUGGAGACUCUGCAUGUGUUUUGCAUUACCCUCCCUGAAUGUCAACACCCCUCACCGACUCCGACCAUCUUGUAAGCACAAUUUGAUCCAGUCGCCAAUUUGAUUGGCUUAGAGCAGUGGUAUUUCAGCUGAAUUUGUGAAAAUUACAAACCAUUUGCAGGUAGUAGUAUAAACCAAUAAUAGCAUGAUUUGUACGAGAUAUGUGGCAUAAAUAUCACUCCUGAUAAUUAUUUCAAAAUUGUCUCAAAUUUCACUCGCCCACAGUCUCGUGAAAUUACCUAUAACAAUUUUGAAAUAUCACCCAUGGUAUUUAUGCCAAAUAUCACUAUAAAUCAUGCUAUUACCUAUACAAAACAAAACAUAUUUCCAGAAAAUUCAGGAAACGUCCUGGAACGUAAAAAAUUGAAAUAACCCUAUAAAAAAAUAUUCAAUAAAUAAAAAGGUGUAGUAAAAUAAAAUAAUAAUAAUGAUAAUAGUAUUUUUUGUAAAAAUUGGUAAUAAGAAAAUAAAAAGAAAACAUAACAUAUUAUAUUUAGAUGAAAAAUAAAGAAAAAGAAACUAGAUUAUCAUCUCUGAGUGUAAGAAAACAACAUUUUGUUGGGCGAGUGAGGGUCCAUGCAAAUGACUAUUACUGAGUGACAACUUGCCUCUAAGUUCAAAAUAUAUUAAAAUGGGUGACUAGGAGAGGGAUCUUCACGCUUUCCUCACACAUUUGACGAUAGUCUGAAAUGUUGGCAGGUACCUUAAGUCAAGCCAACAUAUAGUCUCCCUAUAUGUAUAACCGACAUUUACUUAUUUGAGGUUGACAUAAAUUACUUACCGAAAUGUCAGCACUAAGGCUCUACAAAGAAGAGGUUGGGGGCUCCUGUCUUUGGAUUUUAGUGGACAAGGUUAAAUGGCAAAUCAACAUAAUUCAAGAAAGUCUAGUCAAGCUAGACAAUUAACGUUUCCAAAAUGAAAUCUUGUCCAAGCAACAAACACGUUUUAACAAAGCAUUUGGAUUAGCAGAUGGGUGGAUUGCAAAUGUUUAUCUCUCAAGUAAGUUUGCUUUCACCAGGUUUGUCAUCAGAGGCAGGAUCAGUGUUUUUGGUAUCCCUGAUGGGGACUGACCCAUAUCACUAGUGAUUUAGGUACAGGGAUAUCCAAAACACGUGGAUACUCAAUAUCACUUUGACUGCGGUAAUUGCCAUCUUCAACUAGGUGGAAGAAAAUAGGGGACUUUCAGGCAUCUCCUUGCAGGAGACCGCUGAAAUUCAGGCUAACUGUUAACAGUAUAGAAACUACCACUGUGUUACCACUACCACUGAAACAAUCCAUUCACUGUGAAUGUGAAUCUUGCCAAGGAACCAAAGCCAGGAGCACCUAAGCUCUUGUUAGGGUUACAAAGUCAUAAUCAUAAAUGGAUAACCAUCAAAUGAUUGAGAACCGCAUGGCAAACAAUAACACAUCGCCCAGAAUUCUAUUGUCUUGUGCGACAUGUACUUACAGUGCCCAGUUUCUCAAUGUGCAGCAUAUAAUUGAAUAAAUAAGCUUUCGGAAAGUCAACUAAAUGUCGACUACUCUCGUACAAGAAUUGGUAGCUGUCAAUCAAAAGGUUUGAUGUGUGAAGUUUGAAUCUCUUGGUGUGAAAGUGAGUACGGUAAUUGCACUCUAAUUAAAGGCGGGACCCACGUAACAAAGAAUUUAUUCGCAUGCAUGAACUUUUAUGAUGCCCUUAGAAUAAUCUGACUGCUCAUGAUGGUCAAACAUUCUCUCUCAAUACAUACUUUCCUCUUGGCAAGAGGUGGCUGUUUGAGGAAAGCUUGAAGACCCCUCUCCUCAAGACCCAUUUUAAUACAUUUUAAUUUUUGAGGCAAGCCUUCACUCAUUAUUGCCAUAAUGUUUUGCAUGUACCCUCACUUGCCCAAUGAGUUAAUUGCAACAAAAUAUUGUUUUCUUAUAGUCAGAGAUGAUACCAGUUCAGUUCGUUUUCUCUAUAAAUUAUUUUUCUUUUUUAUGUUCUGUUGAGUUACAUUGUUUUAUUUACUUUGCUGUUAUUAAUUUUUACAAAAAUUAUUUUAUUAUUAUCAUUAUAAUUAUUUUAUUUAUCAAUAAUGUUUCUAUAAAAAUUAUUGUAAUUUUUUAUGUUCCGGAAUGAUCCGUUUUCGGGUUCUAUGAUCGACGCCUGAUAGAGAUAAGGUGUAAGAAUGUAAUAAAUGCACCAGGUUGGCAAUUCACACCUUUUCUAAAUGCGACCACGAACUUAAACUUGAAAAUGAACCCUAAAGAUGGUUCAAUUUUUUUUAUUGAGAGUGACUUUUGAGAAAGCGUGAAAAAUAAUACAUGUAGGUUGUCAUCUCGUGCGUCAGUUAGAUAGGUUGUGAAAUGGUGAGACUCACGCCCAAGUUGAGACUCUAUCAGUAAUGUCGAGGUCAGGGUUUGAGCUACCCACCUUUUUGGGGGCGACUGAUCCCAUGUUUUUUGCUUAAAUUUUGAUCCCCCGAUUCCAAAAUUGUUAAAACUCUUUGUAAUUCCUGAUCCUUUUAAAAUUUUUCGUAAAUGUAUCUCUUGAAUCAGCUCACACAUGCUGACAAUGAUUUCAUGGAAUUUGUUUCAUCCCCGGUUGCAUGACGGUUUGAACAUUUUAUGAAAAAACAUCGAAAAUGAACUGCGCGUUUACCUCUCUCAACGGGUUGCUUUUCAAUUGCCCAUGGUUGAUUUUUUAUAAUGCUGUACUUUUCUGAGGUAUAAAUAUAUUCUAAAAUUCCAUGUACCAAGCCAUGACUUCGUUCUUCAAAGUUUUGCAAAUUUUCAUGUGAAAGUGCUAAAGACAGGAAUCUUCAGGCUUUUUUUAGCCGAGUACAAAAUGCAUUAUCUAGCAAUAUUUUUAACCAAAAUACAGCUGUAAUAUUGUAAUUGGCCGGGAUGCCUAUACUUACCUUCCAAAGAUGAACUUCUUUCUUUGAACCGCUUUUUUUCCCAUGGGCUUUGAAAGCUCUUUGGAAACUUUGAUUGUGAUUUUCCAAAAUGUCUCACCAAAGGGUUUAUUCUUACUGAUUAUGAAGAAUUUUGAAAUUUUAAUUUUGACAGGAAUUCUCGAUAAUAGAUAACAGCCGCUCUUAAUGAAUCAUUCAUAACCAGCAAUUUACAAUUGAUUACAAAAAUAAUAUAAAUCAAUAAUAAAGGAGUAGUCAGGCUGCCCAUAGUAAUCAUAGGAGGCUAAAAGGAUAGGGCAGCGGCCAUACUUACGUGAUUACAUUAAGAUUAUAUGAUUGUUAGGGACCGCUAUCACGCAUGCCAAUACAGCUGUACAACUACACAAAACACAAAAUAAAAAAUUAAAGGAAAGACAUUGAAUAAAAGAAAAGAUAGCUAAAGAUGCAUACCAGUUAGUAAUAACCAACAGUCUAAGCCAGAUAAAUUGUUUUGUUCCUAAAAUCUGCAAUACCUAGAAUUUUUUUCCAUAUUAAACAUUAGCGUUAGCUUUGUCUUAAAACAUUAAUUUUUAGAUGGAGGACUGGAGCAUACACCAAGCUAAAAUAUUUGUGCAUUCUGCUGUUAAAUUGACAUGGUCAAGGUAUUAUCAAUCGCCCACUCUGUUCUAUUGGAAUAAUCAGUUAUAUGAUUUUUGUAAACCGAGUUCUCUGGAAUUCAUAUUAGUUUAGUGAUCGAUUGCCAGAAGUUGAUUGAGUUGAUAUAGGUAUGUAUCAAGUUUAUUUAAAGAGGGUAACGCAAAACUGUAAACUGACAACCUACGGCCCGCAUUAUAAAAAGUUAAUAAUCAUAAUUGAAAAUAUACACAGAAUAAUCCGAAAAAUUACAAUUAAAAAUAAACAGUAAAAAGUACAAUUAAAAGUUGUGAAUAGGAAGCUAUCGAACAAUAACAAUAAUACUGUGAAAGGUUUGAACCCAGGAGUCAUUUCAAAAGGUUGAGUUUGAUCGUCCGGGUGAACGUAGUCCUGAAUAGGACUGUUGUUGUUGACAGUGACUGACGUUUCGACAACCUGUGCGGUAGUCAUCUUCAGAGUCAAAGUGAGUUGUGUCACGUCAGUUGAUGGUAAUAUAUAGAUUUAGUAUAUACUAAAACAGUGGAUAGUGUUUUUCGCGCGCUCUGAUUGGCUACUCAAUCAGUGAAUAUCCUGCACUAUUCACUGAUUCACCUCCAGUUCCUCCGAGCGAGCGACGCCAAACUCGCGUAAGUUGCGAGCAAAAUGCCUUCCCGGUUUGCUGCCGUAAACAAACAAAGAAAUUUCACAACUAGUCAAGCAAGCUGUUUCCGAAAUACACGAAGACGGUGACGAAGUUCGGAUUGGAACUUUUAACAGGUAAAGCUUUGUCUUUUUGACACGAAUUUAUCGAUAAAACCGGUGAAAAAGUUUUUUGUUUACAAAUACAAAUUAAGUUUACUUACUUUAUUUAGUUGAGUUGUUCAUAAAUAAGCUUAAAACUAAAUUUAAUAAUCUUUUUUAUAGAAUGAUUUUAAAUACAAAAAGAAUUCACAACUCCUUUUGAAGAAAUUUCCCCACAAGAGCUGAACAAAUGCCUUCAAAAGUUUUAAUUGUCGGCAAGAAAAAGCGACGGCCGCGGCCGCCCAGUCAUUACGCGCCAAAAUUGUAAUCGUUGGCAACAGUAUUUGAGUUAAAAAUCGUCAUUUUUGUGCUCAAUUAUCUCACUGUUUUAGUAUAUACUAAAACAAUUAUUCACCUCAGUGUCGGUGGCUAGUCCUGGAUAUUUACCUGACUGCUUCGCAGUUCGGUAAAUAUCCAGGACUAGCCACCUCCACUUCGGUGAAUAAUUGUUAUUUAGCCAGAGCUAAAAGCGAAGCUCCCAUUAAUAAAUUUAUAAUUUAAAUCAAACAAUAAACUUGUAAUCCACAAAUCAGUUAACUUUAAGGGAAAGCUAAGGCUAAGUGAUUUUAGAGUGAAAAAAAAAAUCGUACAUCCAAUUGAUAGCCGUAUAUAUACACCCGAAAAAUAGCAAUUAUCUUCGAUCACAUUUUAGAGCCAUAAUUUGCUCUUGAUCACAGUAGAUUAGGCCUGGAAAACGAAUUUUUGGAAAACAAAUCAGGCCGAAUUUUUUGCGUUCGACAAGUUUACUUAACAAAAUCUUGCCAACAACUCUGGGAGCGUGUAAACCAACAUUUCAUACUUUUUAUACAUCAAAUCUGAAACAGUAAUAUGAGGCGUUGUUUUUAUCGUAUAGACCUCAGACAAAAUGCAGUAUUUCACAAUUUUUCAAGACAAAUUGCACUCAUUCAAUAUUCAGAACCGUACGAAGCACGCGUGAGCUUUUAGCAAAACCGUUCAAAAAAUUUCCAAAAUCACCUAUACGGCCAGCCAGUUCUCACUUUUGACAAGCGCCAAAUUUUCAGUGAACAUUAAAAGAGUUACGCUUCAACAUAAUAAAGAAUUUAUUGUGUUUAUUUUUUUUAUUAAAUGGUUUUGUAACGAUGUGUAAUCUUAAAAAGCGUUUGAUACGCGCGGCAUUUUGAGUACUCCUGCAAGCGUUGUUUAUGAACGACUGAAAAAAAACGGCAAAGCGAUUAAAAGUGUAAGAGACUACUAACAAUCAAUAAAAGAAAUGUAAUUCGGUGAAACAUUUACAGAGACAACAAUUUUCAUUCACGAAGACAAGUAUUAAAGCGUCUCUAAAAAUCCUGAGUCUUUAAGCUUAAGCUUAAAGCUUUUAGCCGGCUUCAGCUGGUGUUUACUGUUUUCAAAGAUGAACUCGAGGCAAGAAAAUCGCUCAAAGCUUUCUUUCUACAGCCAAAAUUAUAACUAAAUACUCUUCGGAACGUUUUUUCGUUCUAUAUGCGGAGAGAAAAUAUCGACUAAAGGCUUUUUAAAGCUCUGUAAGCUUAUAUAUACUAGAUCAGAUCAUUGUCUCAGAUCUUAAUACAAACGUGCAUAAAUUAGCCUCAUAAACUGCGCUCGACUUCAUGAAAUUAUAUAUAAAAAAACAAGCAUACACUGUAUACAAUAAUUACUUAGGCUUACCAUUCGAGAUGCAGCUCUUGAAAGCUAUAAAGUAAGGCCAGAAUCGCUUGAGGGACUUUUCAACCCGCAUCCAGCAAGGUAAAAACGAAAGCGAUGCAUCCGAAAUCGGAUUUCCAACUUUGGCAACCGGCGCAUUUCCCGACCAAAAAUUCAAUAAACAAACCAGCCAUGAAUCAAAGAAGACUGUUGAUAGCAACUGUAUUUCAUUUUAAGCAUCCAGUGGAAAAAGACAGUAAAAAACAUCACAAGUUGACAAAAUACUCUGUCAGCUUCAGCUGUCAAACUGAAAGUAAACAAGGUUGAAGAUGCUGUAUAAAUCAGUUUCUGCAUGAACUCACCUGUCAAAUUUUGACCAAUCAGAGCAUAAAAAUUGGACGGUUGUAGAGCGUGAUCAACGCGUGACUAUGGUGAGAAAAGUGAAAAGCCUCUGUCUUCCCUGCUUGUAUUUUUAAAUGACUGGCUGAAUUUUCGAGUCCGAGAUCAGUGUGAAAUCAAAAUGUUAAUAGCGCGGGGCCAUAGUGACAUUAACACAACACUUUCUGUCAUCAUGUCAUUAUUUUGCUGCCGUUCUCUUUGCCUUUGUAUUUCUCUUUCGCGUUGCCUUUGUCUGUUCAUUCUAGCUCUGUCUCGUUCUGCUUGCCGGCGUUUUUCACUAUAAUUUUCUCUCCUUCUUCUCGCCCUGACUCUUUCUACUUGCUUUCUUUUUUUCAAAACCAGUUGCACGAUAUAAUUGCGCGACGUUGCGCCAUGCGAUUUCCCGCCAAAAAAUCUCUACUUUCCCCUACCCCAAGAGUCCAUGCGGACUACUUUCCACUACCCGGAAAGUCCGUACGGACGGACGUACGCCACGUCAUAACCAAAUUUUCUGUUAUGGAUAGUUUACCAAAUUUUCUUACCCAUGGUGCUUCGCGCGCGCGGGAGCUCCGCUAUAAUUCGACGUGAUAGAAUUACAAACGUUGGAGGAGGAGUGUGUUUCUAUGUGAAAAGUUCAAUAAAUUUUACCAUACGAAAUGAUUUAAACAUGGACACUCUUGAAAAUCUAUGUCUGGAAAUUCAAAAACCUAGAUCUAAACCGUUUGUUGUUGCCACGUGGUAUAGACCACCUGAUUCUCCUAUUGGUAUUUUUUCACCUUUCGAAACUUUAAUUGGGAAACUCGAUUCUGGAAAUAUUGAAUAUUUUCUAAUGGAAGACCUUAACUGCGACAUGAUUGCUACUCGAUAUGACAAUAAUACAUGCAAAUUAAUGAGUAUCACUGAUAUUUAUGGUCUACAGCAACUUAUCACUGAACCAACCAGAAUAACUCCGACUUCUGCAACUUUGAUUGAUUUAAUCUAUACUAAUCGUCCAGAUAAAGUUGUGUGUUCGGGGGUUCGUCAUAUCAGUAUUAGCGAUCAUAGCAUAGUUUUUGCCUAUCGAAAAUUAUCCGUGAAUGGAAUGUCUGGUGGGCACAAUGCUAUAACCUACAGAAACUAUCGAAAAUUUAAUCGAAUAAAUUUUCGGAAUGAUAUUGCAUCUCAUUGUUGGGAUCACAUAUUCAAUUCAACUGAUCCCAAUCAAAUGUGGCUACAAUGGAAAUGCUCGUUUCUAUCUAUUGUUAACAAGCAUCCUCCCUUGAGAACAAUGCGUGUUCGCACGCGUAGUUCCCCAUGGAUUACAUCUGAGCUUAAGAAACGAAUGCACGAUCGGGAUAUUCUAAAGAUUAAAGCAAGUAAAUCGAAUGAUUCAAAUGACUGGUCACUUUUUAAAAAACAACGCAAUAUAGUAAAUAACAAAAUCAGAUUAGCCAAGCAAGCCUAUUAUCAAAAUAGUUUUAACAAGCAUACGGGCGAUUCUAAAAAGACCUGGCAGACUAUCAAUGAACUUACUUCGCGAAAAUCUGGGAAAAAAAUCGGUGACAUCUCUGAAAGUAAAUGGAGUAUCAAUAACAAAUCCAACUGUGCUGUCGAACCAAUUUAAUAAUCACUUUGCUACUAUCGGUCCAGAACUUGCUAGCAAUAUUGAUUCCUCAAAUAGUGAUGGUUAUCAAAAGUACCUCACUGGCACAGAUAAACGGUUUCAGCUCCAUCCGACCGGUACAAAUAAAGUUCUCUCACUUUUGAAUCAUCUAAAUAAGGCAGCUGGCCUUGACAAGAUAUCUGCUAGGCUCAUUCGGGAAUGUGCAGAUCUCAUUUGCAUUCCUAUCCGUGAUAUUUUUAACCAGUCAAUAAGUCAAGGCAUAUUUCCGGAUGACUGGAAAUGCGCAAAGGUCACCCCACUUUUUAAACAAGGCGAUCGGGACGACUUAAACAAUUAUCGUCCAAUUUCGGUGAUCUCAGUUAUGGCCAAGGUCUUUGAAAGAAUCGUCUAUGAUCAAUUAUAUGCCUACCUAGAAGAGCACAAUAUAAUCUGUAAAUAUCAAUCAGGCUUUCGCGCUAUUCACUCAACUGUCACGGCUCUCCUUGAGGCCACGGACACUUGGGCGUACAAUAUUGACCGCGGUAAAAUCAACGCCGUUGUUUUCUUAGAUCUCAAAAAGGCCUUCGACGCAGUUGACCAUGAGAUCCUUUUAUCAAAAUUAAGCAAUUACGGCAUAUAUGGUAACGCGCACCAAUGGUUUAAGUCGUAUUUAGAGAAUCGUGCUCAAAUGUGCUCCAUCAACGGAUCGCUCUCUCAAAGCUGUUUAUUAAGUUGUGGUGUUCCCCAGGGGACGAUUUUAGGUUCAUUAUUAUUUCUGUUAUACAUCAACGAUCUUCCAAACUGUCUUUCAAAUUGUGAGCCGAGGAUGUACGCUGAUGACACCCACCUUACGUACGCAGGUGAUAAUGCAGACAAUAUUCAGUUGCAUCUAAAUCAAGAUUUAGAAAAUGUUCACAAUUGGCUGAGAGCAAACAAACUUACUCUAAAUAUGGCUAAAACCGAAUUUAUGCUUAUCGGAUCUAGGCAGAGGCUAAGUACUCUCACAGAGUCCCCGACAUUUGCAAUUAAUGAUUUUGAAGUUAGCCAGGUCACUACUGCAAAAUCAGUUGGAGUGACCAUCGAUGACAGACUUGAUUGGAGUGGCCAUAUCGAGAAAGUAACAAAGAAAGUCGCUUCUGGUAUUGGGGCCAUAAAACGAAUAAGGCACCUUGUCCCCCAGGCGACCUUACAACUAAUAUAUCAAGCUUUAAUACAGCCACACUUUGAUUAUUGCAACAUUGUUUGGGGAAACUGUGGGAUAACCUUACGGAAUAAGGUUCAAAAGCUACAAAACAGAGCAGCCGUGUUUUGACCUACUCAAGCUAUGACGUAGAUGCUGGUCACCUUUUCAAACUUCUAGGGUGGAAAAACCUAGCUUGCCAGCAACAAUUUCAAAGAGCUACGAUGGUUUACAGGUCUCUUCACGGGUUGGCUCCAAACUAUCUUAGUUCUAAAUUUGAAAGGCGAGAAGUCGCAUAUAACCUAAGGGACUCUGAAAAUAAAUUCAAUGUUCCAUUACCGCGCACAAACUAUUACAAAAACAGCUUCAGCUAUAGUGGCGCCAUUCUCUGGAACAGUCUUCCUUGUAACUUAAGGGAAGCAGAGUCCCUUGGGCAAUUUAAACGAUUACUCAGAGAACUGUAAGGCACGGCAUUCGUGGAAAGCAGCUUUUUUAUUUAAAUAUUUUUAUUAUAUUAGUAUUAGGCAUUUUUAAAGCUGACGAAUUUUGUACCGUGGAUAAAUAAAGAUUAUCUAUCUAUCUAUCUAUCUAUUGACGCCAUUAAGACAAUACAGAUACCGGACGACCACAAACUAGUGUCCUUUGACGUGAAAUCACUGUUCACCAGUAUUCCACUUCAACUGGCUCUAGACUGUACUGAGAACGCUAUUAAGAACUCUACUGUUGAACUACCACUACCUACAGACGACAUUAUGGAUCUACUCAACCUCUGUUUGACUUCGACGUACUUUCAGUACAACGGCAAACACUACAAACAGUUACACGGUACAGCUAUGGGCUCUCCAGUUUCUGUUGUUGUAGCAGAAAUUGUCAUGCAAAACAUCGGGGAACAAACCUUAGCUACCUACACGCGAACUAUACCUCUUUGGUUACGUUACGUUGACGACACAUUCACGGCCGUACACAGACGGAAUCGACGAUUUUCACGAACACCUUAACAGACAGAACGCGGACAUACAGUUCACCAAGGAGAUCGAAGAAAAUGGUAAGAUACCUUUUCUAGACUGCUUGGUCACUCGCGACAACAACAAACUAAAAACGACUAUUUACUGAAAACCGACACAUACCGACCGAUUACCAGACCAGUCUUCGUACAACCCGACCUCUCACAAGGCUACUACUAUCCGGACUCUGACGAGACGAGCGCAACUAGUUUGCGACUCACCUGACAGCCUACAAGACGAGACUGAUUAUCUUAACAACGUUUUUAGUAAGAACAAUUACAACACGGACUUUGUUAGACGGAACACUCACAGUAACACUGAUUCCAACACUCAGACCAACUCUGGCCCUGUUACGACAGCGACUAUACCGUACAUCAGAGGCACCUCUGAAACUAUUGCACGUAUAUUACAACCUUACAAUAUACGUGUUGCACACAAACCGAUAACCACUUUACGGCGACUGCCGACUAAUGUCAAGGACAAAGAAAAACCGGAGGACAGACAGGGAGCAGUAUGUAAGAUCAAAUGCUGCGACUGCCAGGCUUCUUACAUUAGUGAAACCGGCAGAAACCUAAGCACGCGACUGACCGAACACAAACGAGCGACGAGGAAUGGUGACGUCAAUAAUCACAUUGCUGAGCACCAUUUACAGACGAAACAUCAAAUUGACUGGGACUCUGCGACAUGUAUAACGUAUUCUACAGACUACUAUCAACGUCUUACUUUAGAAAGCUGAUUUUUAACUUAGAGCAAACGGCACUGAAUCGUAGCCAACAGUUACCAGCGCCGUACAAACGACUUAUUGACGAGAUCAAGCAAAACUAACUACGUGAGAACGACUGGAGACCUGACAAUUUGACUAAAAAUAGGCGACGGUUUAACUGUGACAAAAGACGGAUCGAAACGCACCAAUUACUGAUUACGAGUCUUCAUAGCCAAUAACAUCACGGCUUAACUGACAGACGACCAAUAACAUCGCGACGUAAUUGACCAACCAGAUCAAUAACCAGAGUAUAAUACCAUCAACUGACAUGAUACAACUCACUUUGACUCUGAAGAUGACUACCGCACAGGUUGUCGAAACGUCAGUCACUGUCAACAACAACAGUCCUAUUCAGGACUACGUUCACCCGGACGAUCAAACUCAACCUACUUUUGAAUAUUUGUUAAUGGCCAUAAAAAUCAUCUUUUUAAUAGAACAAUCCUGCAAGUUGGUAAAAGAAACUUGCAGAUAGAUGCUUAUACUCUCUGAAGUUAAAGAUAACAGUUCAAAAGUAUCUUUCAAUUAACUUACCCUCUAUGGUAAGUUUUCUUUAUUAUCCUCGUGAAUAUUAACAUAAAUUUGGGUAGCAGCUACUCACGUAGUAAUCAGUAUAAACAGUGAAUCCUUUAAGCAACAUGAUGCUAUCUGUAAAAUAACCCAUGAAUACUAAACUACUUUAUGAAAUUUGAAAGAAGCAUUCAGAUUUGUGCUUGGUUUUGCCCAGCUAUUUUUUAGCGGGGUGUGAACCUUGUGUCCAUGAUCUGCAGGCUACCGGUUGGUUGCUCUUAACAGAGACUGACGUGGCAAGUCAAGCACAUGUGCUAUAUAGUGCAAGUUUAAGGAUGUUUAGAUGUAUAUGUGGAAACAAAACUUUUAUUGCAUUAUUAAUCAAUUUGAUUUAUUUUGCAUUCCUUGUAGCUCCCUUAGAAAUAGAAGCACGAGGAGAAAGAGCGCAGCUUGUUUAUCAACGUGCUCUUAGAGAUGGGGCUGUUAACGUUCAGCGUUCUCGGAUAUUAUUUAUUGGUCAGGAUCGGGCAGGAAAAACAAGUUUGAAAAAAUCUCUCAUUGGUCUACCAUUUGAUUCAAAAGAAAAUAGUACUGAAGGAAUUGAAGUGGAUCCGUCAAUCUUUCGAGUGGAUGUCAAUGAAGUUAAGAACUGGCAACCCACUGGUAAGAGUGAACGAGGGUUGUUGGGUUGUUCUAAAGAUGUGGCACAGAUGGUGGUGGGGAAGCUUUGUAGCCAUAAUUGGGUUCGGGAGGACAAAGAAAAACGCAACGGUGGCAACCUUAAAAAUGAUAAUUACAAGAAUGGAAAAGAGGUUGGAGAUGCCAAUGGUGAAAAGGAAGAAGAUUCACGUGUGGACCAGGUCUGUCUCUAGUUAAAUCGUCGCUUUUAUAUACCUAUAUCAAAUCUUAUUAUGAAACAUCUUACUAUUUUUGUUACUCAAUGUCAACACUUGAAAAAACCGUCAGCAAAGAUCAUUUAAGUGGCUGUUCACCUAAGAGCGGUCGGGUGAGUUUGGGAUCGUGAGUAAAGCGCCCCUUUAUUUUUUGUGAGUGAAAAGGACUUAAUGUUAAAUGAUUAAAAUCUAACUAAUUUCUUUCAAAAUCUUUUUCGGUGCUUCGCUACAGAACAAAAGUUAUUUCCUGUCUGAGAGCGAUUUUUCAGGCUUUUUCAAUGACCGAAACUCGGUAAUUUUAAAAGCCGCGCUUCUUCGUAACGGAUAAAUAUCGGUAAAUUCUACAUAUAGUACACUGGAUUUAGCUGCAUUUGACUUUUCCUAUGACGGAAUAUGGAAUAAUUUGACGCAAAGUUAAAUUAAAUUAAUAAGAUCAAAGACAAGCCACUUUGCGGUUUUUUUUCUCCCUUGACAAAUUCUUCCUAAGUAAAAGCUAAAAUCUCCAAAACGGUGCAAAAAUCACAGGUAAAAUGCCACUUCAAAGUAAAGAUCUUACCUUAUUCUGUCAGAAAAUAAAGUCAAAGGUGCGGGUAUCGUUUUGGGUUGGACGUGAUCAAACGUUUUCAAGGGCACCUUUUCAGCAUUAUUUACAUAGAAUCACCCGCUUGACGGUUUACACAUGACGACUUUAAUAAGAUAGAUAUUUUUUCAUCAGCUGAGAAUGUUGUUGUGUAUCCUCAAAGUAUCGAGCACUUGUUUCCUUUAUGUAGCCUUUUUAAGUUUGUAUAAAUUAAGGUGACUCGACCCAGUUUUUUUUUGGGGGGGGGGGAGGGGGGUACCAUCCUACUUUGAAGCUCUCUGGUAUCCCCACCUUUACUUUUAUCGUAAGUCUAACACAUAGAAUGGAUAACAUAUAGAUCAAUCUCCAAUAUAACAUAAAUUUUUGGCGAUCGGAGUAAACGUCACGUGGUUAUAAUGCCACGCCCCUUUGAGGUCUGAGUCGAAAAUCUGCUGUUGCCGGCUUUUUUUCGUGAAAAUCUCUCGGCUACACAUAGUGCGCAUUAGUGCCUUGCGCUGAACAGAGUUUCACCAAAAUCGCAAAGACCCAAUUCGAGAAAUUAAGGGUUUCCAAAUUUAGGUCAUAAUUUAUGCGAAAAUGAUAAGCAAACUUUACGCGAUUAUAUCUAAUAAACUAUGACAUUCAUCCCUUUAUUUUGGGCAUCGUUAUAACAGAUGGGUCCUUGCAAGUCAGCAAAACGCUUUAGGGCCUUGUAAAUGCGCGCGAUCUCAAGCAAAGCAAACAUAUAGAAAUUAUAGUUUUCGCUAUUUGUUGACGUUUGUCAGCGUUUAACAGUCCUUCUCACGAAAAAAGCAUUUUCUUAAAAAUUCGUAGUUUUUUUUCCUUCACAUUUUUUCAGGGCCACAAUUGAUUAACUAACUACCCGAACGCUGAAUUUGAUGGUCAUUGAAAAACUGUGACAUUAUCUUCUGUAAACCCAAACUUGAGUAAACAUUGAAGAUUUUUAGCGUUUUGGCUGAGUUUGUGCUUUGGGAGUUGUCUAUUGUUUCUAGUCUGUCAUGAUACAGCAUUCUUGUUCAGCACGCGUGCAAUGACCACGCUUGGCUGACUUCCGAAUGCUCACCGAGAUGUGAUAAUUUAGUAUGAGAAAAUAGAAGGGAUUCCCGUCACGAGUUGUUUUAAUUAUUGGCUUGCAUUAAACCUAUGAAAAAAUGAUAUUUUUGUAAUAGUAAGUAGAUUUAGUUUGUAGCACUUCUUGAUUUUUUUGCAAAGGCACAAGAAGCACGAGAAUUGAUUAAAAAUUGUGAGUUAAACCUCUAUGUAUCACGCGAUGGCCUCUCUCUCUCUACCAAAAUUAUCAUAUCUCGGUGAGCAUUCGGAAGUCAGCCAAGCGCGGUCAUUGCACGCGUGCUGAACAAGAAUGCUGUAUCAUGACAGACUAGAAACAAUAGACAACUCCCAAAGCACAAACUCAGCCAAAACAAUCCGGGUAGUUAGUUAGUCAAUUGUGCCCUGAAAAAAUUUGAAGGAAAAAAAAACCACGAAUUUUUAAGAAAAUGCUUUUUUCGUGAGAAGGACUCUUAAACGCUGACAAACGUCAACAAAUAGCGAAAACUAUAAUUUCUAUAUGUUUGCUUUGCUCGAAAUCGCGCGCAUUUACAAGGCCCUAAAGCGUUUUGUUGACUUGCAAGGACCCAUCUGUUAUAACGAUGCCCAAAAUAAAGGGAUGAAUGUCAUAGUUUAUUAGAUAUAAUCGUGUAAAGUUUGCUUAUCAUUUUCGCAUAAAUUAUGACCUAAAUUUGGAAACCGCUGAAUUUCUCGAAUUGGGUCUUUACGAUUUUGGUGAAACUCUGUUCAGCGCAAGGCACUAAUGCGCACUAUGGGUAGCCGAGAGAUUUUCACGAAAAAAUGCCGGCAACAGCAGAUUUUCGACUCAGACCUCAAAGGGGCGUGGCAUAACCACGUGACGUUUACUCUGAUCGCCAAAAAUUUUAUGUUAUAUUGUAGAUUGAUCUAUAUGUUAUCCAUUCUGUGUGUUAGACGUACGAUAAAAGAAAAGGUGGGGAUACCAGAGAGCUUCAAAGUAGGAUGGUACCCCCUCAAAAAAACUGGGUCGAGUCACCUUAAAGCAGAAAAAAAAUGCCAAAAACAGACAUUCUUGAUCAAUCCGUCAGAUAUGCAAAUUGUGCUUGUUUACAGCCGCGGGUUGUCCAUUUCAGCCAUGUCAAAAUCACAAACUACGUACGGUAAUUAACUUCUUCUCAAAUGAAGUCAAUCUUCAGCUUGGAAACUCAGCAACUGGACACCCUUUUAAAAAAGAGCUUUAACUCGUUUUCCAUUUGAGUUUCUUUGUUCGUUUCGAGCAUUGAAAAUUGAAUCCCCACAUCCGUCUUUAUCCCUCGUUUCUCGUGAACAUGUCACUGACAUUCGGAUUCGUACUCUUACUGCAAUUCCCGCGUCACGGGUAGGUCUGAACUCUCGUGCCUCUGGGUUUAGCUGUUCCUGAUCAAAGUCGUCCGGUCACACGACAGUUCCAAGGGGUAGAGGUGGUUUACUGCUCUCUCAAGGUAGCCACCUCCCGUCAGCAGCUUAGCCCCUCCUACCACUCCUUUCCAUGCAGUAUACAGCUUCUCAACUAUCCCCAGUGCCACUUCCCUCUGUUUCGAUCUUCCGAAUAAACUAUGACAACAUCACCAACAGUCAAAGUGCUUCCCUUCCCGUCAUGUUUCAAAUUGUGCCGCUCGCGAAGACUUCUGAGGUAUUCCCAGGUCCACCUGUUCCACAUGGCGUCUUUGCACCUUUUCAGGUACUUGGCCCGUUUACGUAGUUCACCAAGCUCGCGAUUUGGCUCCCUCUCUGGUAGGACAGUGGUACCGAUGAACAACAUACUGUUAGGUGUGAUCAAAGGCAAUCGUAUUUCAUCCUUCACGUAACCUAGUGGGAGAUUGUUCAAAGUCACCACAUCUAGUAGUACGUCUUCAAGUUCCGUCCAGCUGAGGCAACCAUUUCCAAUUGUUUUGUUAAGGACACGCUUCCCAAGGCCAACCAACUGUUCGAACUGACCGCCCCACCAUGGUGGCGCGGCCUAAAUUAAAUUGCCACUUGAUGUUCUCAGUCGACAGGUAACGGUGAAAAUGUUCAUCUCGCUGGACUUACUUUUACCAAUUAGCCGCGGCGACAAACGUUUUGGCGUUGUCUGAGUAAAUCUUCUUUGGCCUUCCUUUCCUAGCUAUUAGACGCUUCAGACUUCUUAGAAACUCGCCAGUCUCCAUGAUCCUGCUGAGUUCCAAGCAGAGGGCUCGCAUGAGGCUGCAAGCAUACAGGAUUAUGUAUGCCUUUCCCUCCCUUUUUAGGGUCACACUUAAAAGUGCGAUUUCCCUCAGUUCUGUCUCGCGGUAGAUUUCCAAGUGGUGGUCUAUCAGCGGCUCUGACUUGGAAACGGCGACAACCAUAACACUGUUUAAUCACCCUCUUGGUCUGACGUCUGAGCCUUGGUACCCAAUAACGCUCUCUGAUGCGCACCAUUGUCAAACCAACUCCCCUAUGUAACGAAUGACGAUGGGCGUCUUCAACGAGUUUCAUUGUUUAAGGGUGCUUGUCAGGAAGGUAUACCGGGUAAUGUCCCUGUACACGACCUCGACAUAUUGGCCGUUUUCUUUUAAACCCAGUCUUUGUUGAUCGUCUGUCACUUCGUAUCUUUGAGUCUCUUAAGCGUGAUUAGUCCAAAACGGGUGUUGGUUGUUAAUCUCGUCGGUCGUCAAUGGACCUAUCAUUCUUUCUUGUUUCUUCAGGCGUGAAUUCCGUAUGAAUCUCGCGGUCCAGGCGACAAUCCUUAACGUUUUGGUCAGGUCAAAUUUUCCUAGCAGAUCAUUGAGGCAGUCAGUUGACACAGUGGCGCCAUUUAAAAGGUCUUUUAAUUGGUAACUUUAGUUCUGCUUGGCUCUCAGAUGUUUGUAGGCCACUUUUCUUUGUCUGAAAGCCACUCCGGACCUUGCCACCACAGCUUGCUGUCAUCUACUUGCCCUCCUCGACUUCCUAGGUCUGCCGGAUUUUCCUUGGUGGGUACAUGGCGCUAAGUGAUCCCUGAGUGCUUUUGUAUUUUCGUCACUUUGUUUGCUACGAACUGUUUGUACUCGCUGCCACCCUUUAUCCAAUGGAGAGCCACUGAGCUAUCCAGGUUUCCAUAGCUCCGUUUAACAGGAAACCCUUCAAGCGCCUUACGUUUGCGUUUGUGAUAAGGUUUGUUGCUAUAUGUGCUGACACCAGCUCUAAUCGCGGAAUCCUCAGCCCCUGCUUCGCUAGAUGAACCUUUGCAGUAACCAAACCCUGGCUCACCCAUGACGGCUGUCUCAUAACUGCAAACACUGUUGCACACACUCCGUUCUUACUUGCAUCUCCUUCAAUCUGCUCUUGGGCACAUGUCAAGGCCCUUUUCAUCAUGACCUCGGCUGGUAACUCUUUCUUCCAUCAUGUCCACUGGCUUGCUAGCUGUGGGGGUAGCGGUGCUUCCCAUGCCAUCUUCACGUUGCAAACAUCUACGUAGAUGAACUUUCCCUUGAUAGUUACCGGCGCCACGAGACCAAGGAGAUCAUAGAUUCUUGACAGAUUACGCUGCAAUGUUCUUUUGGACGCCACUGUAUCAUCUUAAGGCAUAACAGCACUUUUCUGACCUUCUUGUUUGUCCCACGAGAGUCCAACUGCCGGUCUUUGCUUUUGUUUGACCAAGCUGCUUUUUGGCAAAUGUGCCCUCGUCUUCAACUCCUCUUUCACUCUCUUCUAACUAGGCAACAUUCGAGUGCCACUUGUGCAGCGUGAACUUAGCAUCAUCUAAGAUUCUUAUGGCUCCCUCUUUCACCUGCUUCGCCUUUGGUACUGUUGGUUUGCCGCUGAUCAGAUCGUCGACAGACAUGUUUUUGCGCAGUUCUGUAACAAGUUGCGGCACAUGAGACUCGCAGGUUUCAAGAUGGCACUCUAUCACUCCCCCAAGAAGAAAGGGAGAAGGCACAAGACCGAACAGAGCUCGCAUGAGUCUCAACACUUCCACUUCAGGAAGUUAGCUGGUCUUCCAAUGAAAUCUGAGUACAUCUCUCUCUUCCCUCUUUAUGCGUACCUGAAGAAAGGCCUGUUGUAGGUCCCUAGUAAUAAGGACUGGAGGAAAGCGCAUGCGCACUAAAAUACGCCACAGGUGAUUCUGAAGCUGUGGUCCGGCAUACAGCUUAUAAUAAUGACUGUUUAUUGAGACUCAUUGCAGCAAUAUACAGAAUGGCUGAAUUACAGAGCUAUUUACAAAACAUAUAAUACUAAAAUAUAAUACAAUAAAUCCAAUAAAUAUUAGAAAAUAUAAUUGUACAAGCCACUAGGUGUACUUAUGCGUGACAAACUCUUGCGUGCGCUUGGUCCUACAGGUAGGACGCGCGGAGCCGCUAAUACCAGAUCUAAGAUUAUAAUUAUGCACAACCUCCUCCUGUUUGGGGAGCAUAAAAUGCAAGGGGUGAUUCUCAUUCCGGAGUCUAUCAAUAUAAACCUGGCAUAGAUGGGCGCGUCUGUCACUUAGAGUUGUUAAAUUAAGGGCAUUUAAUGCCUUGUUGUAAUUCAUUAAAGGAAAAAUGAUGCGCAUAGCCCUUUUCUGAAUGCUCUCAAUCUUAUAAGAUAGAAAUACUGGUAUAUUUUGCCAGACAGAGGCAGCAUAUUCUAGAACAGGACGAACAAUGGUUGUAUAAACCUAAGCCAGUGAAGCUGGAGGUGCACCACAUUGCUUAAGGAUCCUUAAAGAGUAAAGCCUCCUGUUUCCUUUUUGCACUAUAACUUCUACAUGAUGGUUCCAUUUCAGGUCAUUACUUACAUAAACGCUUAGUAACUUAUAUGUCAUGACUCUCUCAAUUGUGUUACUACCAAUUAUUACAAUAGGAUUCACAAUAAAAUUAUGAUUACUCAUAAAAUUAAUUAGCAUCUCCUUGCAUUUAGUAGGGUUCAGUUUCGUUCUGUGAUCUUCAGAAAAAGCAUAGAUAUCGUUUGUAACAAAAUUGAGUAGACUGGCACUGUUCCUAAGGAUUAUUUCAAGGGCUGUGGUAUCAUCAACAAACUGUAUUCUAAGGUCCCAUGGGCGCAAUAAAUUAUUUGUCAUGAUUGUAAACAAAAUGACUCCUAACUUGGUGCCUUGUGGUAUACCGCCCUUGGGAGUUUUUCACCCAGAUAUAAUGUUCUCAAUCCUCACAGCCUGAGUCCUGUUACACAGAAAAGCUAUUAUCCAGUUAACUAGAACAUGGUGCUCAUGCAUUUUCCUUAGCUCCUCAAUCAGCACUCUAUGUUCAAUCAUGUCAAAACCUUUAGAGUAGUCAGCAAAAAAAAGCCUAGCACCACAGCUCCCUGUAUCCACUGCCUCAUACACAGCCUGCAGCAAAUAGACUAACGUGUCGAUCUGAUGAGACACUUGUGUAAUCAAGCGGUCCCGUGUGAAUCCCUCAAGCACCUUAGCAAGAGUGCAUGUCAGAGCGAUGGGCCGCAAAUCGCUCUCUAUCUGCUGCAGAGGUGAGAUUUUAGGGAUUGGGUUCAGCAGUGAGGCCUUCAAGGCAUCAGGAAAAUAACCCUUUAUCAGGGAUGCGUUGUAAAUAUCCUUGACAACUGGGGCUAGGCACUUGGCACUUGAGGGUUCUUGCGACACGAGGUGUCAUAAACUAUCCUUAGCUUUGUAGUUACAACUCCCAUACGAAUCACUGGCUUGUGAGGUAUGUAGAAUUCUUUUCCCUGCGGUGGAUCACUUGCGACUUCUACUUUUCCCUCGGACUUCUGUUUUUCAAUGAUCUCUGUAUAACUCUCGGUCACAUCCAAGCGCUGAGGUCUGUUCUGGAGGUUUCUGGUAAAGGCGGAUGGUCACCUUUCCAUGAUAGCGAGGUUUCAUACCAGCCUUCCGGGUGUCGUACCAACUGUUCUCUAAACUCUGUGUAGCCUCUGCACUGAUCAUGUUCUGAGGUAUCUUUAUGACCCAAGACGUUUAGCCGACAAAGUUCUGCAUAAUCCACAUGACUCGUUUCUGUCAGCAGCAUAUUCGUGUGGUCAAUCUCAUAAUAGUCCACCCCAGCUUGGUCUUUUCUGCUACUGGGCCGAGUUGUUCAAAGGUGAGUUAAGAUAACCCAGGGUUAGUGCGAGAUUUGAAUUCAGAUUUGAAAGCUUAAAAAGCAUUUCAGUCUUAAUUGUUUUUGUCUACAAGUUGAUGAUUGAAAGCUCUAAAACUAAAAGAGAGAAUUAUCCCAGAAAAUGCUUUGGAACACAAGAAAAAGAAACCUGGGUUAAAUUUAAGCCGGGGUUAAACGCUAAUCGGCCUUCGAACAACUCGGCCCUGGUUCCCCUGGGAGUCCAACGCGGGGGCACUCGGACGUAUUGACCGCAGCAUACUCGCUGGCUUAGGGUCAAAGUCCGUCAUCUCAACUCCGUGACUCGAUAAUCUUUUGAUAGUGUGGGUUAUUGAUCAUCAGCAACUCCUGUCUUUCGAAAGUUGGUAACGUCAACGUUUAAUUUUUCACCGCCAUCAGUUGAACGUGCUUUGAUUGUGGAAAGUUCUACUUCACGUGUGGUCGAUCCCGGCAUCAUUUCUAUUCGACGAACUUCUUUAGCCCGAGAGCACGUGGGAAGUUUCUCCAAAAGCGCGGCUGAAGCAUACAAGCUACCAGCUCCUGUAUCCAGAAGAACACGACACAGUACUCCCUCCACGGUUACUUCCACCCGUGGUUUCCAGUGGCUGUCAUCAAUUGGUCU